CAUCGAGCUGUGGCUUCAUAAUAUUCAACCCGAAUUCCUCCCUAAUAGCUAAGUUUGCUCCCAUGGCGCAGAUCAAAACCGUCCUCAAAAUUGAUAUUGCCUGCCAAAAAUGCAAGACCAAGGUCCUUAAAGCUGUUACUAUAGAAGGCGUGGACAAGAUCGAGACGGACGAAGCCAAGGGAACGGUGGCGGUGACGGGGACGGCGGAUCCGUACGACAUAAUUGUACGGGCGAGGAAGGCGAUUUCUUGUGCGGGCAAGUACGCGGAAGUGGUCAGCAUCGGACCGCCGCCCAAACCGGACGACAAAGAAAAAAAGCCGGACGACAAAGACAAGAAGCCGCCGCCGCCCUGCCCCUGCCCCUACCCAUGUCCGCCCAAUUAUUGCCCUUCCUACGGAUACGCCGUCGUUGUGCCUCGUGAGACCUAUCCUCCAUGCUCCAUCCUUUAAUUCACCACAACACUAUUUGAGAAGGCUGGAACAAUUUGACCGUCCAUUGUAUAUGGAUAUAAUUUAAAAGAAGUUUUUGUUGGAUGGUUAAUUUGGACAAGUCGCAUUGAAUUGAAUAAUUUUUUAUUAUCAAUGCGGUGGAGAUCAUUUUCUUUUGUAUUUUUUUAGUUAAUCAAUAAUGAAUGGAAAUAUAAAUUGAUUAGUUUUGUA